GGUUCUGUAUAUGAAGGAAUUUACCAAACAAGAGAAGGUUAUGAGGAAAGAGUAGCAGUUAAGACAUUAAAGGAAGAGUUUUUACAAUCAAACCGAGAAGAGUUCCUGAGAGAAGCCAGGGUCAUGAUGUCAUUAAAACAUCAUUGUAUCGUCAGGUUGAUUGGGAUUUCAGAGGGCUCUCAACUUCUCAUGGUUCAAGAAUUAGUUUCCGAAGGAUCGAUGUUGGAGUAUUUGUUAAAGAGGUCUCAUAGUAUUGGCGAAUACGAUUUGAAAGUGUGGGCUUCUCAAAUAGCUUGUGGCAUGCAGUAUCUUGAAGAGAAAAGUUUUGUACACCGAGACCUAGCAGCGCGCAAUAUCCUCCUGGCGACCAAACACCAGGCUAAGAUUAGUGAUUUCGGUCUAUCCCGAGCCGUGUGUGGAGAGGGUCAGUACUACAAGGCUACACAGGGUGGCCGCUGGCCCAUCAAGUGGUACGCUCCUGAGGCGUACAACUACGGCACCUUCACAUCAGCCAGUGACGUCUGGAGCUUCGGAGUCACACUUUGGGAGAUGUUUACCUAUGGUCGACAACCUUAUGGUGAUAGGAAAGGAGCUGAGGUUAUAGAACUUGUAGAGAAAGGAGAGAGAUUGGAAAAACCAGCCGCUUGUCCCAAUGAUGUCUAUGAAAUAAUGGAGAGUUGUUGGUCCUACACUCCUCGAGAUAGACCAACGUUUAGCCAACUGGUGGACAGGUUUUCCUCUGAUAAUAACUAUAUGAAUGUUCGAGAACUGAUACCUCACAUGGAUAUUAGUUGAGUAUGAUACUACUAUGCCAAAAACAUUUAAAGGUGCUCAAUUUUAUGGUUGAAGGAAACUUUUAAGUAUAUACAUUUUAUUUCAUGUCACUAAAAGAUCUGAGUGUAAACUGGCUGAGUGUAAACAGAGAAAACUCAUGUUCACUAAUUUAUAUUUGUGUCAUAUAGAUGGGUAAGUUUGCUGUAGGUGUAGGCAGGAAAAUAUUGUUUUUAUACGUGAUUGUUGAAAAUCAAGAUAAAGUUUUUUUUGAAAAUUCAAAUAUUAAAAUUGCAAUAAACUAAUAUCAUUAUUUUGGCCAAAUAUCACCCAAAAAUUUUAAUAACACAUCACAAGGUUUUCCUAAGAUUUACAAUGAUGAACUAAAUUGUUUAUUUAUUUGGUUUAUUAUUGUUGUGACAUUCCUAUUUUUAAUAGUCAAUAUUAUUACAUUGCUUGUACCACAUGCAUGAGUAAUGAUCCAUUCCAUAGAUAUCUUUUAAUGUUUAUUUUAUUUUUAACGUCUAAUUUCUGUCAUAUCUAAAGUAAAUCUGUUUUUUUUACUGUAUUUUACCAAUUUUAAACAUGUUAACUAGAAUAUUUAGUUCAGACGCAUGUAUUUGAUUGUUUUAAAACUUUUGCUGCAUAAAUACAUGUUCAUAGAAUAGUUAGCAUUAGGAACAAUUGAUUAAGUAAUAUUACUUUGAAAUUAUAGAAGAAACAUUGUUGAACUCUGUGAC